AUGGCCUCUGAGCCGGUGCACCCUCUGCGCAUCUCCAAGAACAGGCCAACAUCUUCGCCGAGGAAGAUGGUGGCAAACACGCCUCCUCGUCCCUUGAGUGAGAUCUCACCCGCGGAGAAGAGACGAAACUCUCCGAGCUGGCAGCUGUAUUCUCCCAAGAAGGCUACCCUGCCCGGCAACGACUCUUCGCCAUUCCAGUCCUCGCCGCUUGAAUCCUCCACUUCACCAAGACUCUUCUGGCAGAGCCGCAACUCCGAGAAUAUGCUUCAUGGUGCCGGCUCUGGUUCGCCAUCGCCAAACCGCCGUUCUUCGAUUGAGCGCCUCCAGAGAGCGUCCCGUGUGAGGAACAGCAACAUCUUGGCGCUCGAGCAGAAGCAAGAAUAUGACCCUACCCGAAUCCCGCACAUCGAGAGACCCCUGGCAAAGGUCCAAGGAAGCGUCCUCACGUCUUCGUCCAGCUCUGGUGGCUUUCGCUCCUCAGACUCGGAUCUCCAAGACUUGGACAACAGAUCCAGCGUGUCUACCAUGAGCCCGUCCAAGAUCUCGCCAAGGCUGCCUGACGCUACUCAUAAGAUAGCGAGAUCUUCCAGCAAGGACCAGGCCUCCCCAACCAAAUCCUCCCUUUCACCUACCAAAUUUAACAAGAACGCAUUUGAUCCCGAGGCCGGCACCUGGUCAGGCCACUCGUCUUUGAGCGAGAACGAUGUUUUUGAGGGUCGCUGCCUGAGCCGACAUCCCAAGAGCGUCACGUUUGACGCUGCCCCCCCCCAGAUCAACGAGUAUGAAACAGCCACGCCCGAUCUUUCAUCUAUCGGAACGAAUUCUCGAGAGGGCAGCUACGACUCUGUUGACGACUACGACGACGACGACGUUUAUGACCCUGCUCACCCCGACGUCCAAGACGAAAGCUUUGACGAGUCCCUUGAAGACACUGACAAGACUCCUGUUGUUGGCCCCGAAGAUUGGCGCGGUGAGAGUCCCGUCGCUCACCGCACCCUGGACUCCGCCAAAUUUGAAGGCAGCCCAAUGCCAGAGACUGGCCCAAUGAUGGCUGAUACCGGCCGAACAACUCCUACCAACAAACGCUCCGACUCUGCCACCUCAGCUGGAGACCAUCGGCCACUCCCCCCUCUGCCCGGCACAGGUCACUCUAGAAGCCAGUCAUCAGGCUCCAACGGGGCCUCACCUGGACUAUCUGCGACGGCAGAAAGAAUGCUCGGCGGCUCGCACCGAAGCCUGCCUUUCCCUCCACCCGCAUUCGCAUCCAAAUCCGAUAUCCAAAACUUUGGCAGUCAAAAGAUGACCCUGGAGGAGCGGUUGAAGCUCAUGAUGCUCUCCGAUGACACUGCCGACGCUAAGACCGCCGCCGAGCAACAACGGGAGCGCAGAAUGCGACGUGGAGCCGGCCGUGAAAGGGGCGGGACUCCACACUCCGAGGCCGAGUCCGAGACGGCGAUGGAGGCUCUCGAGGCUGAUGAUACCAUUGAAGACAUCUCUGGGAUAGACUUUCAACUGCCACCCAAAAUUUCCAGAGAAUCCAUUAUGCGCCGUGUGAAAGGUAACAAUGCCGUUGAUGACCGCUCAGGAAACCACUUGACGUCUGCCUCAGCCAGCCCCCAGAGGAGUCUGCUGCCGACCGUCGAAGGAUCCGUCAUGGAUCUAGAUCCGGACGUUCCUAUCCCAUCAACGGAGGAUUCCGUGGUGGAUUCCGAGCAUGAGCAAGAAGCCAGCGUCAUCAUCACAAGAAAUUCUCGAGAUGGCGAGGACGAGCAUGUCAUGGACUAUUAUGAUGAAGGAAGUCUGGCCGACGGCGAGGCUGUAGCAGGAGAGGCACAGAUUGAAGAAGAAUGUGUCGUGCAGCCCCAGAUCAUAGAGCAGAUGAAGGAGGCUGCAGUCGCUGAGAAGCAUGACCAUCCAUCCAAUCAGCGUUUGAAACUAGAGCCUUUUACAACUGGACUGGGCUUUGAUGGGAUGGAUGACCCGUUCACGUCUCCCGGGGCGGCUGAAGAGCCGGUCAAGCACGAAGCUGUACAUGAGCAUGAGACGAGGAGCACUGGGCCGGAGAUGGUUGAGCCUCCUAAAACCCCUUCGACACCUAUUGGACGCAUGUCGAAACCAGAGUACGAUGGCAGUGGCUGGGGUGAGCCUGAUGAUGACUAUGCAGACGAGCCAGGUAGUCCUGGGUCAGUUAUUCAUCACCCUGUUGAGGAAGAAAAGAGGCAGAGGGAGUCCCCUCCGGCCAUUCCCGAAAGAAUUGCCACUAUCAAAGCCCCCGGAGCCAAGCUCAAGACUCGAGUCUCCAAUACUCCCUCUGACCUUGCUGCCAUGCGCGAAGCUCGCAGGCAUGUGAGUCGCGAGGUGCCCGAUGUGCCACCUAUUCCCGAGAAGCAUCGCCAGCGCACGUCACGAGACAUGGAUGUUGAGGAAGCGCUGCCUCGAGAUGAGUUCAUCGAGCGCCACCCAAGUUUCAAAAACCGCAGCCUUACUCUGGAUCUUGGCAUGGGCCUGAGCUUGGAUCAAGAUUUUGAACGAGUCAUUGAGGCACAGAAGCGAGGCUAUCUCAUGCGACAGAAUACAAAGGUCAUUACGGCUAGCGACAAGGACGGCGACGACCACGCCAGGGCGAGGUCUGCCCAUACGUCUCCAGUAAAGCAGGGCCGACCAGAAACCUGGGUCGUGGAGCCUUGGAAGGGAGAUGCUCGCCCCCGGAGCACACGCAAACGCAUCACCGGCACCAGCGAUGCCGUUCCACCACUGCCUGGCAGGGAUAGCAAUGCCACGACUAUCAACCAUGGGCUCGACGAAGACGCUCAGUCAGAGGCCGCCACCAUUGACAGUGGUGAGAGAGGCCGACUUUUCGUCAAGGUCAUGGGAGUCAAGGACCUAGAUCUUCCCUUGCCCAAGAAUGAGAGGACUUGGUUCAGUCUUACUUUGGACAAUGGUGUUCACUGUGUCACCACAGCCUGGCUUGAACUGGCAAGAAAUGCCCCCAUUGGACAAGAGUUUGAGUUGGUGGUGCCAAACGACUUGGAAUUCCAGUUGACGCUGAAUGUCAAGCUAGAGAAGCCUCCGUACCUGAAUGCACAGGCAGUAAGCAAGCCUGUCAAGACCAAGACGUCGACGUUCAGCCGUGUGUUUGCAUCUCCGAAGAAGCGCAGAGAGAUGGAACUCCGACAAAAGGAAGAAGAACGCCAGCAAAGAGAGGCCCUCGCCCGCCAGCGCAACUGCGCUCCAUCGGGAUAUGAGCUCUUGUCUCCUCUAACCGCUGAGGAUGGUAGCUUUGCUCGAUCAUAUGUCUGCUUGAAGGAACACGAGCACCGAUGUUUUGGUCGGCCAUGCACGGUUGAGAUUGCCUGUUUCAACGAAUGGGCCACUGAGGAAGAGAGCUUCGCAUCCAGUGUCAAGAGUAAGCGUGGAAACGCAGCAGCAGCAGUGGUUCGACGCGCCCCGUACAAGAUUGGAAAGCUUGAGCUUCAGUUACUCUUCGUGCCUCGCCCCAAGAAUUCAACGGAUGAUGACAUGCCCAAGAGCAUGAACUCGUGUGUCCGGGAGCUCAAGGCUGCUGAAGAACGCCUCUCUCGCAACUGGGAAGGUCAUCUGAGUCAGCAAGGAGGCGAUUGUCCCUAUUGGCGUCGAAGAUAUUUCAAGCUGGCUGGUUCCAAGUUGACUGCUUAUCAUGAGGCAACUCGGCAACCGCGUGCCAGCAUCAAUCUCUCGAACGCCAAGAGACUGAUUGACGACCGGAGGGCACUGACAGAGAGAGAAACGACUGGAAAGGGUGGCAGGCGACGACGCUCUGGAUUUGCGGAAGACGAAGAAGGCUACAUGUUCGUUGAGGAAGGCUUCCGUAUCCGGUUCAACAAUGGCGAGGUGAUUGACUUUUACGCCGACACUGCCGAGGAUAAGGAAGGGUGGAUGCGGGUCUUGACCGAAAUCCUUGGACGAGAUAGUUCCAUGGACGAGAUCAAUGGUGUUCGAUCACGAGCGAAGUGGUGUGAGCUUGUUUUGAAGCGGGAGGAGCAGCUUCGCCGCAAGGCAGAGGGUCGUCGCGUACACUCGCGAUCAAGAAGCGCGGCCUCGUAG